UUUCGGAUUUGUGACUGAUCUGCGUUUCGAAGCCUGCAUCGUCUCCAAUAAUUACUAGGACAUUCUUUCGCUCAUUUGAUGUCGCUAUCGUGGAAAUCGAAGACAAUAAUAUGAGAAAGGUGGUUACACUGGGAAGGCGAAAUGUUAUUCCAACACCUUUGUAGUGUUGUUUGCAAACAAGGUAUUGGGUUCCAGAUCCCUCACAGGUAUUUCGCAAGUAACGCCUUGAGAUUCUGCGUUUCGAGGCGACCAAAGCGCUCCUGCGGCACGUGUUUCCGAUUUGUGACUGAAACCAGCAUGGGAAAGAUUAAGAUUGGAAUCAUUGGUGGCACUGGUCUGGGUGAUCCUGAUAUUUUAAAAGAAGGAAAAGAAAAAAGAGUUUCUACACCAUUUGGAGAGCCCUCAGAUGCCUUAGUUAUUGGUAAAAUAUCUGGAGUGGAGUGUGUUUUGUUAGCAAGGCAUGGUAAGAAACACACUGUCAUGCCAACAAAUAUCAACUAUCGGGCAAAUAUUUGGGCUCUGAAAGAAGAGGGCUGCACUCAUGUCAUUGUCACUACAGCAUGUGGAUCUUUAAAAGAGGAAUAUAAACCUGGAGAUCUAGUGUUUCCAGACCAGUUCAUUGAUCGUACAACAAAAAGAACAUCUACAUUUUAUGAUGGUAAAGAAGGAAGCCCACCUGGAAUCUGUCACAUGCCUAUGCAUGAACCUUAUUGUUGUCAUGUUAGAGAGAUUCUUGGUGAAGUUGCCAAAGAAUUGAAUUUAAGUCAUCACAGCUCAGGAACCAAUGUUGUUAUUGAAGGUCCUCGCUUCUCAUCUAAAGCUGAAAGUAAAAUGUUUCAAAUGUGGGGAGGAGACAUCAUCAAUAUGACAGCUGUUCCAGAAGUAGUCCUGGCUAACGAAGCUGGUCUUUGUUAUGCUGCUAUUGCUAUGGUGACUGACUAUGACUGUUGGAGAGAUGACCAUGAGCCAGUGAGUGUGGAAUCAGUUAUGGCAAUCUUCAAAUCCAAUGUGGAAAAUGUGAAAAAGCUUUUGUUGGUGGUAAUACCUCGUAUUGCUGCAAAAGAAUGGAAUGGCAUCAUCAAAGACCGAAAGGCUGCUGUCACAAAUAACCUCGUGCAACAUUGAACCUGACCAUCCCAAUAAAAGUGAUAUGAAAUUAGUCUACAGGUAGCAAAAACAACUUUAGGAUCUUGAGGAUUUUUUCAGUGUACAUAAAGAAAUGUGGGAUAAACAGAAACCUUUUCACUUGGGCUUCUUUAAGAAAGCAUUAUGAUAAGUUAAAAUGUAUGGAAAAAGUACGGCAAGUAUAUUUAUAUCUCAGUUUACAACUGAGAUAAUGAUUAUGUAGAUUUUACUGAUCUUGCCAUUCAAAUCCUCUGUAAAAUCAGAUACAACAAGCCUAGAGGCUUCAAUACCUGCAAGGUUGUCCUGUAAAAUCACUGAUAAUGUCAAAGUCCUUAUUGCUUUCAUUUGUGACAUAUAGUAAAUCUUCCUAGGUAGUACAUAAUUUCUCUUUUUGUUUUUGUUUUUAAUUGCAAGGCACACCCUGUAAGAGGUACAAAUUAAAUUUAAGGAAUCCUCAUGUGAAAAUAGCUGAAUGAAUUUCAUUCCAAAACCAGAAAAUAAAGUGAAAAAGGCUUGAAAACCAA